UUUUCCGGGAAUGUAUUAAUUGUCCUGAGAAGAUUGUACUAAACAAGUCGCAAAGAGAAGAAAUUGAUUAUGAAUUAUGAUUCUAGUUUUUCACUUAACGUCGAGGCAAACGCACGAUGAAAAUCUCCAUCUCCGGCACAAUUGUUCUUCUGGGAACAGCAUGGCUCGUUUUCGUAGCCAACGUGGUGGUGGCACAAAAUCCUGUUUUAGCAAGAAGUGGGUACUUAAUAAUUCAAAAUGAAACCGUGUACCAGUUUGUCGCACUCCACAGUCUCCUGUCUAGUGGAUAAAGAAAGCUUUCGGGAGGAUAUAUCGGGGUUUAGCUUCCCGAUUGAGGUUGGUCCGAUCUACCAGACCUUGGACAGAUGUAUGAGCAACACUCCUCACAUAAUCGGCGGAGGACCCGCUUUGGCCAGGGAGUUCCCCCACGCCGCUCGCCUGGGACAUCGAAACUAUGCUGGCCAAGUGGACUGGUUCUGUGGCGGAACACUUAUCAGCGACCGGCAUGUGCUCACCGCUGCCCAUUGCCACUACUCUCCACAAGGUUCAGUGAACAUCGUGCGCCUCGGAGACUUGGAGUUUGACACCGACAUCGACGACGCGGAUCCGCAGGACUUCAUCGUGAGGGACUUCACAAUUCACCCCGGAUACUACUAUCCGGAAAUGUACAAUGACAUAUCCGUGGUAACGUUGAGUCGACCCGUAAUCUUCAACGAGUACAAGCAGCCGGCUUGUCUGCCCUUCGACGAUGGGCGUGCGGUCUCCUCCUUCAUAGCCAUCGGUUGGGGUCAGGUGGAGAGCGUUCCGAGAACUGAGAACAAGAGACUGCAGAAGGUAAGGCUGUAUAACUACGGAUCUCGCUGCAGAAUUACUUCAGAUAGAAUUGAUGAACUGCCCGUGGGCUACAAUGCCACCAGCCAACUGUGCAUCGGAUCCAAGGAGCACAAGGACACCUGCAAUGGGGACUCCGGUGGCCCGGUCCUCAUAUGUCACGAUGACCACCCCUGCAUGUACCAUGUGAUGGGUAUCACAUCCGUCGGAGUGGCCUGCGACACACCAGAUAUUCCGGGCAUGUACACAAGGGUGCACUUUUACCUGGACUGGAUUAAGCAGCAGCUGUCCAAGAAAUAGUAAAGCUGAGAUUUAAAUUAGAAAUGUAGACAAGUCACUUAAGAUCACCUUAUUAUCAAAAAUAUAAUUUGCAUUAUAGAUAUCCCAAAUUAGUAUUGAAAUCAUCUUCACCCAGUAAGGUCAUCUUAUUUGCUUACUCACGUUUAAGAAGUAUAAACAAAACCGUUUU